AACAUGGUUCGGAGAUGGAGGGCCCUUCGUCUAUACUCUAUAUCCCUCACGGGAGCCGUCUUUGUUUGGGUUCUCCCUGACCCACUUUUUCAUCUACCAUCGAGGAGACCUACAAGACUCUAUAGAGGAACCCUGGGUGCCCCGACUCCUACACGGACGUCAAAGUCGGGUUGCAACCUACCGCUGGGGUACUGCUCAGGAUGUGUAG